AAGAAAAUGCAUGCUAGCAUCGCACUCCGGACAUGCAUUCCGAGGAUCCACGUCGCGAUUGGCCCAUGUUUAGAAGCGUAUCGCUCCGCGAUCAACACAACCAAUUCAAAGGACAGGAUAAAGGAACUUGGCAGUGUUUGCGGGGCCAAUGUAAAUGUGACACGGCAUCGAACAGAGGCACACCUUGUUCGACAACUGGUUGAACUCUUUGAUCAAGAAAAGCCGGACUUGAUUAUUUUGAAUCCCGGAAUAUUAGCCCGGGGCGCUGUCGUACUCAAAGGUGUACUGCGCGAAAUACAUGCACAAGCAGCGGAAUGCAAGCAAGCGGUGAAUAUCCAAGAAGUUAUUCCCAAAGUUCUAGAUCCAUCAGAUCUGACUUCACUGUGUCCGGCGGGCUCUAUUCAAAAUCUCGGCGAUGCUUCGUACAGUAUCGCCAUCACGGAAUUUUGUCGGAAAUUCCAUGAAGCCCAGGCCAAGGCCGCGCUUGCUAAGACUAACGUAUCAGAAUCGGAUCCUGUGCAGGACGAGAACCCAAGAAAUGCAACGGUAACUGGGAAUAAGCCAGCGGAAUCCAGAAUGACUGAUCUUCAGUUCCAGCCAAAACUUUAUUCCCGAAAUCGAGCCGUGCAGGCUGCGGUUAUUGCAGAAUCGAUACGAUUGGAUAGAUACCCCUUAGGGGAUGAAGACGAGGAAGAAAUCCUGCAACGCAACUCUGAGGCGUUUGCCAAAUCAGCUCUACUUGGUGAAGGGGACAAUGAAGAUGGUGAACAGGUCGCAAGUACUUUGCUCGCCUCAACGUCUGAACAACAUCGCGAAGAAAUGACGGAAGGAAAUGUCCCUGCGAUCACAAGCUCGUCGCAACAUUCCGUCGCUAAAGGACAAUCCAAGCAGAGAGGAUCAAAAGAUCAUGCCACCAGAUUCUCAGAGCAUGUUGCGCGAAAACAAUAUGACAGGGAGUGGAGGAAAGGAAGGGAGGUCACCAGAAGCCCGGCAGAGGAUUCCACACCGAAACGAGAAUGGAAAAGUAGAAAGCGAAUUUCAGAAAAAGUUGCCCAAGACACCUUACCUCAAGACACUUCUGAGGCCCCCGCAAACGAGACAAUACCGCAGCGUCCACCACGGCGCACCAUAACCGUCCUCGCACAAUCAACACCUUCGUCACCGACCUUUGAAAGAAGAGAGAUCACACCACAAUCAACACCUUCGUCACCGACCUUUGAAAAAAGAGAGAUCACACCACAAUCAACACCUUCGUCACCGACCUUUGAAAAAAGAGAGAUCACACCAGAUGGACCCGAUUAUGAAAAGAUUGCAGAUGAAUCUUCGUGGCAAUCUCCAAAUACUAUUUCCGAGCAAAUCAAUGGUCAACGCCCAGCCGCAGGAGAUUAUCUGAAUCUAUUUGAAGAACAAUACUUUGGAGAGCUCAUCGACAAGCUUGAACGGUCGACAUCCACAAAAGACUGGUAGUCAAACACCAAAAAAAGACUCGCAUCGGAUCCUCACUAAUUCACUGUACAAAUUUAUUAUAAUAGAACAUGUGUACCUAAACUGCAAAAUUACAAAAGACUAUAUCUCAUACUACAAAAACCUGAUAGGCCAUUUCAAUUUUACAACAAUAGAUUACAAUGCAAUCUUUGCAUUUGGCAAAGGAGGCA